UAUGCAAGGCUUGAUGCUGCAAAGGCUGUACCGCACAGCGAGAGAAGACAGAGACAGGAGCCGUUUCAGAGUCCAGACGGACCACCCCGCCCGGUUCGGUUCUGCUGGGAAUCGCCAUAGAGGACAGCCCAGCCGACAGACCAGCAAAGCUUACAUAAGAAAAAAAAAAAAAAAAAAAAACCACGGUUCGGGCCCGGUUCCGGUCGUGUUUGAGCUGCUCCGAGGUGUGUGCUGAACUGAACCAGUGGCCUCGUUUCUGGUUUUGUUUUCGCCGCUCGGUGCUGAGGUUCCGGUGGGGUUGGACCGCGGUUCUGGUGACAUGGGAGCCGGUUCAGAUGACAGCCGCGCGCUGACCCGGUACACCUGGCCCGAGGUGCAGCUGCGCAGCGGGCGCGAGGAGAAGUGGCUGGUGAUUGACAGGAAGGUGUACAACAUCAGCCAGUUCUGCAAGAGGCACCCCGGCGGCGUGCGCGUCAUCAGCCACUACGCAGGACAGGACGCCACGGAUGCCUUCACUGCAUUCCACAUUGACAAGCAGCUGGUGGGACGCUACCUGAAGCCUCUGCUGAUUGGAGAGCUGGCUCCGGGACAGCCAAGCGUGGAGCCGAACAAGAGCUUGUUGAUAACAGAGGAUUUCCGUGAAUUGCGUGUGAUGGUCGAGAAGGCAGGGCUUCUGAAGCCUUGCAAGCUGUUCUUCCUGCUGGCUCUGUGUCACAUCCUGCUGCUGGAUGCGGCCGCCUGGCUCACUCUCUGGGUCUGUGGCACCUCCUGGCUGCCAUUCCUCAUCACUGCGGUUUUACUGGGCACUGUGCAGGCCCAGGCCGGCUGGCUGCAGCAUGAUUUCGGGCACCUCUCUGUGUUCGGGACGUCCCGCUGGAACCACUUGGUGCACAAGUUUGUGAUCGGGCACCUCAAGGGGGCCCCAGCGAGCUGGUGGAAUUACCUCCACUUUCAGCACCACGCCAAGCCCAACUGCUUCCGCAAGGACCCAGACAUCAACAUGCACCCCCUGCUGUUUGCUCUGGGCAAGACCCUGGCCAUCGAGCUGGGAGUGCAGAAGAAGAAGCACAUGCCCUACCAGCACCAGCACAAGUACUUCUUCCUGAUCGGCCCCCCAGCCCUCCUGCCUCUCUAUUUCCAGUGGUACAUCUUCUACUUCGCAGUGCGGCGUCGACAGUGGCUGGACCUGGCCUGGAUGCUGUCAUUCUACCUGCGCUUUGCCCUCUCAUACCUGCCUCUGCUCGGAGGCCCAGCUACCCUGGCGCUGUUCUUCCUGGUCAGGUUCAUCGAGAGUAACUGGUUCGUGUGGGUGACCCAAAUGAACCACAUUCCCAUGGACAUCGACCGGGACCGCAACAAGGACUGGCUGACCAUGCAGCUGGAGGCGACCUGCAAUGUGGAGCAGUCUCUCUUCAAUGACUGGUUCACUGGACACCUCAACUUCCAGAUCGAGCACCACCUGUUUCCCACUAUGCCACGGCACAACUACAGCCAGAUUGCCCCUCUGGUGAAGUCACUGUGUGAGAAACACGGGCUGCAGUACCAGAACAAAUCCCUGACCGGUGCCUUCUCGGACAUUGUGCUCUCUCUGAAGGAGUCGGGGGAGCUCUGGCUCGAUGCGUACUUGCACAAGUGAGGAGGGACACACACACACUGACACACACACACACAGAGACACAAACACACACAGACACACACACGCACAGACACACACAC